AUGAACAGACAGACGUUUUUUGCAAGCUCCACCGUUGGACGAAAGGGCUUCAGUUCAGCUUCUGAUGCCUGUGGCCUAAGCAGACACAGAACCUGUGUGGCCUCUGUAGGCCCGCCGGUCGACAGAUGUCAAGUUGGUGGCUACAGCAGCAGGAGUGUCUGCCACCUGGGUGGAAGCACAAGAAUUGCCGAUGCUGGAUGCUACGGAGGUUAUGGCUAUGGUGGCACAGCUUGGGGCAGUGUAGGUUAUGGCAGCUCUGGAGGUUUUAGCGGCAGGGUAGGUCCUUGUGGACCCAGAGGCUAUGGAACUUUUGGAGGUUAUGCCGAUUGCAGGAGUGAUGGUAUCCGAGGGGUCAGCAUCGAUGAGUCCCUCCUGAAGCCGCUCUGCGUGGGAGUUGACCCACAAGAACAUGAGGCACGAGAACACGAGAGGGAGCAGAUGAAGACCCUGAACAACCAAUUUGCCUGCUUCAUUGACAAGGUUCGACACCUGGAGCAGCAGAACAAGGUGCUGGAGACCAAAUGGAACCUCUUGCAGCAGUGUGUUCCACCAGCCCCACGGCAAAAUCUCGAGCAAUGCUUUGAGAAUUAUAUCUGCAGCCUGAGGAAGCAGCUUGAGGGUUUGUUAAGUGCCAAGGAACAACUGACCUGUGAAGAAUCUGCAUCAAGGAAGCUUGUGGAUGAAUUCAAAUGCAAGUACGAAGAGGAAAUCAGCAGGCGCACAGCGGCAGAGACCGAGUUUGUGGUGCUCAAGAAGGAGGCGGACUCUACCUUGCUGCACAAGGAAGAGCUAGAGGUGAACACAACCUUGUCGAAGCAGAAGCUGGAAUUUCUGAGAUGUGUGUUUGAUGAGGAGAGAGCUCAGAUGGGUGGCCGGUUCUGCGACACCGCAGUUGUUGUGAAAAUGGACAACAGCAGAGACCUGGACACGGACUGCAUAAUCAAGAACGUCGAAGGCUGGUAUAAAGAGAUUGCUCAGAGGAGCAAAGAAGAAGUUGAUGUUUUGUACCAAACCAGGUUCGAGGAGCUUCAGGACAAAAGGGGCAGAUUCUGUGAGGAUCUAGAGAGAAACAAGCAUGAGAUUGCAGAGCUAACCCGUCUGAUCCAGAAGCUGCAGGGUGAGACUGACCAUGUCAAGAAACAGAUUGCCUGUCUGCAAACAGCCAUUUGUGAUGCUGAGCAGCGCGGCGAUUGUGCUCUUAAAGAUGCUCGAGGUAAACACAUGGAACUGCAGAACGCUCUCCAGAAGGCCAAAGAUGAGCUGACAUGCAUGCUGCGUGAUUACCAGGCACUCCUGAAUGUCAAGCUGGCCCUGGAUAUCGAGAUCACUACAUACAAGAAACUGCUGGAAGGAGAAGAAAGCAGGAUAUGUUUGGGGACGCCUGUGAGUGUAUCUGUGGUCACCAACUCCUCUAACAUAGCUGGAGACAGUGGUACCGCGGUUGGAGUUGGAAGCGGAUGCGGUUACGGCUCUUUAAGUAGAGGCUACAGCUCUGGGCAUGGAAGAUGCGGCUCCCUAGGUGGGGGUUUCAGCUCCAAAAGUGUAGGAGUCUGCCCCAGAAAUGUACUCAGUGUUGCAGGUAGCCAAAACAUCCCUGGUGCAGACUGCUGUCCACCUGGAGGGUUCAGCUCCAGAAGUGGCAGUUGCAUAUCGAGAGGUGUGGUCAGCUCUGUGUGUAGCCACCACCUCCCGGGAGGUGUGCAAUGGUGUCCGCCUGGAGGAGUCAUCUCCGGAGGUGAGGGUUACAGUUCUAAAGUCGUAACCGGCUCUGGAGGCACAGGACAAGUCUCUGGAGGUGUCGCCUGCUGCCCAGAUGGAGGAGGGUACAUCACCAGUAGUGGAUAUCCUGGAAAUGGAGUUUGCACUGUUGAAACCGGAGGGUUUAUCAUCCAAUAUUUAGGUAGCUCUCCAGCUGGAGGACCCAGCACUGGAGUUGUACAUAACUCUGGAGCUGGGCCAUGCCACGCUGGAGUUCCGGGAAGUUGUGAAGUGGUGAGAGAAACCAGCGUAGCUCCGUAGGGUGAUGUAACUCUGGAUUUGUAGGCAGCACAGCCAGGAAUACCACAAUGCAAAGCUUAAGCACAAAGUCACCCUUUCCAAAAUGAUAUGAAAUGAAUUCUCAGCCAGCGGACAGCAACACAAAUUGCAAAAUCCCUGACCGACUAUAAGCAUUCAUUAGGAUAAGAGAGAUGUGUCAGGGAGGUUCUAUUUUCAGUAGCCUCCUCAUUCUGAAUGUCCAUUCCUUAGCCUUGCUAGCAGGUGUU